AUGAAGUUAUCGGUUGUGUUAGCACUAUCACUGGCCGUGGUUGCCUUUGCCAGCGAGGAAAAAGGCACACAGAAGGCUGAUGAGGAGAAGAAACAGGAUAAACGAGGGAUAUACGACACUGGAUCCUAUGGAGGCGGGUACGAGCAUGGAGCGAGCCAGGGUUAUGGUGGUGACUUUGGAGGACAUGAGGGUUUGAGCUUCGGACAAGGACAGUCUGAAGGUUACGGCCACAGCGCGGAAUUCGGCGGAUCCUCUGACUCAUGGAAGCCAAUCCAAAGUGACCAUGGACAUCAUCAUGUCAAGACCAUCGAAGUCAUCAAGAAAGUACCAGUCCCAUACACUGUAGAAAAGCAUGUUCCAUAUACAGUAGAAAAGAAAGUGCCCUAUGAAGUCAAAGUGCCCUAUCCCCAGCCCUACACCGUAGAAAAGCGUGUACCAGUGAACGUUAAGGAGUACGUGAAAUACCCAGUCCAUGUACCCCAGCCCUACGUUGUUGAAAAGAAAGUACCUUAUGAAGUUAAGGUCCCAGUCGACAAGCCAUUCGAAGUCAAAAUCAAAGUCCCCACACCUUACACCGUCGAAAAGAAAGUGCCUUAUGAAGUCAAGGUUCCCGUACCCCAGCCCUACACCGUAGAAAAGAAGGUCCCAUAUGAAGUUAAAUACGAAGUCAAAGUACCCCAGCCCUACGAGGUCGUGAAGAAGGUGCCCUAUGAAGUUAAAGUACCAGUAGACAAGCCCUACCAUGUCUAUGUGCCCAAGCCUUACCCCGUCCCAGUUGAGAAGCCCUACCCCGUGACCGUACACAAACCAGUUCCCUAUGAAGUCAAGGUCCCAGUCGACAGGCCCUACAAGGUCGAAGUUGAAAAACCAUACCCAGUCCACAUCAAAGUCCCAGUCCCUAAACCCUACGAUGUGUACAAGAAGAUCCCAUACACCGUCGAGAAGAAAGUGCCCUAUGAGGUCAAAGUGCCCAUCGACAAGCCCUACCCAGUAUACAAGGAGGUCCAAGUACCCCUAGUGAAGGAGGUGCCCUAUCCCGUUAAAGUUCACUAUCCCAUCUACUUCAAGAAGGAGCAGGAACAUCAUCACGAGGAACAGCAACAGUAUGGGCACGGAUGGAAUUAA